GUAUCGACUGGGCAGUGAAAACGGAGGUGACGUAAAACCUGCGCAGGGGUGGGAAGGCCCUUUCCGGUGUGCUCUACAGGGUGAAGGUAGAGGAAUUUGUUGGUUGAGUUCGAAAUCUAUUCCCAUCUUCCAAAAUGAGGAUCUACAAGGAUAUAUUUACCGGUGAUGAAAUGUUCUCGGAUUCCUACAAAAUGAAGCUCAUCGAUGAUGUUAUGUACGAAAUUUAUGGAAAACUUGUGACUAGAAAGCAGGGAGACGUCGUUUUAGAAGGUUCCAACCCUUCUCAAGAAGAAGCUGAUGAAGGCACCGAUGAAGGUGUUGAAUCUGGAGUUGAUGUUGUACUCAACCACAGACUUUGUGAAACCUAUGCUUUCGGAGACAAGAAGGGCUAUACUGCUUACCUUAAAGAUUACAUGAAAAAGCUUGUCCAGCGAUUGGAAGAAAAAGCUCCUGACCAAGUUAGUGUUUUCAAGAACAACACCAACAAAGUUAUGAAAGACAUUCUGAGUAGAUUUUCAGAUUUACAAUUUUUCACUGGUGAGUCAAUGGAUAUUGACGGAAUGGUGGCCUUGCUGGAAUAUCGUGAAAUUGAUGGAGAUAGUGUUCCAGUUCUUAUGUUCUUCAAGCAUGGUCUAGAGGAGGAGAAGUUUUAGAUUGCAACUUUUUAUGGAUUAUUGAGAUUCUACCAAAUGAGGAUGAGUGAGGUGACCUGCGUUUAAAAAAUCCAUUUUGUCUUCAUGCAAAUUUGGUUUUACAUCAGUUAUACAUUGCUUGAGACAGCCUUUUAAGUGUAAAUAAUUAUAAGGAGAGCUACAGGGCUUUGUAUAUUUAUUUAUACUGGAAGAUGGGAGAAGAUAUUAUGCCUUUCUUGGAUUCAUAAUCUGCCAAGAUUAAAAAUGGAUAAGCUUGAGAUUGUUUUGUCUGAAUGUUAUCCAUGUCUGAAUAAAUGAUUUUUGUAACUUA